UUUUCACAUUCCCGCCAUCAUCGCGCAGCGUUGCGAGGCGUCGUGUGCGGGUCUACUGUCAACAACGUACACACCAGAGAGCAGGUGAAUGCCGGCAAAACAAACUUUCUGCCCUCGGAGGAUCUACAAAAACGAUACUGUGUUUUAGAAGUUUGAGGACGAGCCCAUAUCAUCGACAGGAUUUGGUCACAAAUCCCAGCUUCUCAAGUGCACCAGCAGGAUAGUAAGCCAUGGCAACCAUAGUGCCCAAACUCUCCAGUGGUGGCGCUGUUAAGAUCCGCUUCAACAGCAUAGAGCUGGGCACCACCAGAUGGAAGGAGGGAACUUUUGAAAUUUUGGAGAAGGACAAUAAAGUCAGCCUCUGUCUAAGAUUCAACUGUGGUGGACCUUCCAGAACUUUCCAGCUGAACCAGAACGUGAAGCAUGUUACUCAGAAUCUGAAUCGGAUCAUACUGACUUUGAAGGACGGCAGCAUCAUCACCUUGGAUAAGAUGCCCACAUCUUUGGUUCAGAAGACUAAAGAUUACCUGGAAAGGCUGAAGCAGGGAAAGCCGGUUUUAAAAUCAUCCCAUGGAAGUGCAAAUUUCAGCGUUCUUACUAACCGCUCUGCGAAAAAUGAAGCAAACCCCUCCGGUGAAAGACAGACAACACCACGACGGCAGAGUGCAGAGGGCCGAGAGGACACAACGCCACGGAAGCCUCUGGGCAGCCCGAGUAGAGCAGCUUCCACUCCCACCCGCACCGGACUGUCUGAAAACCGGAGUGAGAAAAGAAAGAGGCUCCUUAAUUCUGAAAGUGACCUCACUGAGGACUACCCCAAGGAAAAUGACUCCUCAAGCAACAACAAGGCCACUUCAGAUCCAUCCAGGAAGUUUCUACUGAGCUGCAAAGACAAGCUGAAGCAGGCAGAGGAGAACAGGAGCUCAGCUCCACUGGGUUCAGCUCCCCUUCAGCCAUCAUCAUUCUAUGGAAGCCGAUCCAUGACUAAAGACUACAGCCAGAGCCACUCUUUUCUGGACAGGCCAUCCAGUACUGUGCAGACCACAGCAGCCAAGAGAAGCCUCAUGCUCCCCAACCACUCCACUCCCUUCAAGAAGGUACGACCCUCUCUGGAUUAUGGUGGCUGGAACAAGCAGAGGCCCUCUACCCUGUCACAGCCUCAGCCUCCACUCCAAGGAUUUUCCAAUUUGGGCAACACUUGCUACAUGAAUGCCAUCCUGCAGUCCCUCUUCAGCCUCCCCUCCUUCUCCAGUGACAUGCUGAGGCAGAGCAUCCCUUGGAAGAAAGUGCCCAUCAACGCAUUGCUCAGGCGUUUUGCUCAUCUUAUGGUCAAGAAGGAUGUGGGCUGUCCAGAGACAAAAAAGGACCUCUUGAGGAAAGUGAAGAGUGCCAUCUCCUCCACGGCUGAACGUUUCUCAGGAAACAUGCAGAAUGAUGCUCAUGAAUUUUUGAGUCAGUGUUUGGACCAGCUGAAGGACGAUGUAGAAAAAAUGAACAAGAGCUGGACAAACGAUGCUGCUGCCUCCUCAUCGUCUUCUGUGGUGAGUGAUAACGGUCAGGACACAACAACCAUGUCAUCGGCAGUCAAGACAGAGCCUGGAGAAGAUGUGGACACCUCCCGCAUCUACACCUGUCCUGUAGCAGUUAACAUGGAAUUUGAGGUGCAACACACCAUCACCUGCAAAGGCUGUGGGGAGGUGGUGACCAAGCGAGAGCAGUUUAAUGACUUGUCCAUCGACUUACCACGCAGAAAGAAAACCCUCCCACUUCGCUCGAUCCAGGAUUCUCUGGAUCUCUUCUUUAGGAUGGAGGAGAUUGAGUACUCGUGUGAAAAGUGCAAUGGCAAAGCAGCAACAGUUACGCAUAAAUUCAGCAAACUACCCAGAGUGCUCAUCCUGCACCUGAAACGCUACAGCUUUAACGCCCAGCUGUCCCUGAACAGCAAGCUGGGCCAGCAGGUGGUGAUCCCUCGAUACCUGACCCUGCUGUCCCACUGUACUGAAUCUACAAGACCCCCCAUCAGUCUUGGCUGGAGUUCCCAAGCCUCUGUAUCCAGAGCACUUAAAACGUCACAGUCAGUCAACUCCUCCUCAGCUCCUCUCCGAAGGAUGGGAGGCAAAGUAGCCAACUCCAGCUGUGCCUCGAUCCUCGUGGACUCGGACUGUGAGGAGGAGCCUAACAGAAAGGUGAACGCAAGUCGUAAGCGUCGCCUCAGCACCUGUCUGCCUGAAGACGAUGACCGCCCGGAAGAGAGGGGAGCCACGAUAGAUUCAGCAGACUUUGGUGGCAUAAAUGAUGAUGAAAUGCUGGCUGCUGUGCUGGAGAUGAGUCGUCAAGAGGCUGGGCUCUCAGCACCAUCUUCCCUGGAAGACGAGCCAACCAGCAGUCCCGACACAGGAUUUGGGGACACAGAUGCCCGUGACCUUGCCUAUCACUCAGAUCUGCUUGAAACGGAUGGCAAACAGUCUGCAGAUGUGCUGGACUCCCUGGACUUGACCAUGGAUGAAAACAAGGAGAACCAGACUCCAGAGGGUGUGCAGCAGCAAGGAGAGCUGGACUGGGUCCAGCAGUACAGUCUGGAUCAGGAGAGGGAAGAACAGGAGCUACAGCAGGCUCUCGCCCAGAGUCUCCAAGAGCAUGAGGCCCAAGAGAUGAGAGAAGAUGAUGAUCUGAAGAGGGCAACUGAGCUCAGCUUGCAAGAGUUUAACAGCUCCCUGCCUGAGCUGCUGUGUUCUGACGACGAUUCUGGCAAUGAGGAUGUGCUUGACAUGGAGUACACUGAAGCAGAGACUGAAAAUCUCAAGAGAAACGCUGAGAGCGGAGACUUGGCCAACUCUUUUAGACUCAUCAGUGUUGUCAGUCACAUCGGGAGCAGCUCCUCUUCUGGCCAUUAUAUCAGUGACGUGUACGACAUGAAGAAACAGUCCUGGCUGACCUACAAUGACCUGGACGUUUCACGCACACAGGAAGCGGCCGUGCAGCGAGACCGUGACCGCAGUGGAUACAUCUUCUUCUACAUGCACAAAGAUGUGUUUGAGCAGUCGUCUGAGAUGGAGAGAUCUGGAGCCAGCAGCACUGCCGAGGCAGGGAGGAAUGUCCUGCAGCCCCUCUGAGCUCUACAUGUGCGGACAGCCUUGCACAGUCUUCAUCCACAGCUGAUCCCUGGCAGAUGAAGCUGUCCUGUGAACAACCUUCAGUACUACUGAUUGCCGUCCUUUUCGGUCUUCAGGCACUUCUUUUCCUCUACAAAUCGCUAAAUGCCAGGCUAAAUUAACAUCUGUUAAUGCCAAUACAGGAAGUAAACUGUCAAGACUCUUUAAGAUACCAGAAAUGCAGUUAAAAUGUUCAGUGGAUCAAAUUUUGCCUCAAUGUUUUUGAGGCUGGAGUUUUUCUUUGUUAUGAUUUUAUCGACUUUUUUGUAAAGUUUUUUUUCUUUGUUUUUACACUCUUCGUUAAAAAGACUUUCACUUAAAAACUAUCAAACACCAGAUGCCACUGGUGCUUUAUGGAUUGUAUGACUGCAGACCCUUUAUUUCCCAUAUAAAUGAGACAUAUUCUAUGUUGGACUAUAAGCUAUUAUAGAGUUAGAGGGUUGUUGUAUUUAGCGGGUACAUUUGGUGCAAUAUUUAUGUUAUAGCACAGACUGGCCAAUUCAAAUCCGCUUUCUGUCAGAGUGUGGAAGUUUUCCUGGUUGCUUUUUUUGCUUGACUUGCAACUUAAUUUGUGUGUGUGUGGUUUUCUCCAUAUUUUAGAGGCGUGAAAGAAAAAAUCCGUUACUGAGCUUUUUUUAGUGGAACCCACUUUAUUCUUUUGAAGUUCUGACCUUGUGCCUCCCAAUAAAACUUUUAUAAAUAUGUAUACAAGCUUUACUUUGACAGUCGCACAACCUUGUUGUUUCUGAAUGUUUGUCAAACAUAAACAAUGUGUAAGUCAGAUUUUCCUAUAUAAAAGCCAACAGAUUUUUCUAUUUAUUGCAGCAUUGGGUUGAUCUAUCUUAAUGAGCCACAGCGAGUAGAAUUCAUUACUACUACAUCACCAGGGAAGCUAGCUAUAGUAUAAUGUCUUUUAUUUCGCCAUCUUUUGGGCCAGUAUACAGUAUUUAACACCUUAGACCUCUCCUAACCCAGUUCAGCUAGUUCUUGUCAGGCAUGUUUGCUUAUUGAAUGGAAUCUGUGGGAGUAUACUGUUAUUCCUGUACUAGUUUCAUUUAUUUCACUGGUUGCAUAACUUUUUUUUUGGUAACCACUGUAAAAAUGAAAUCACACUUUGGUGACACGUGCAGCAUUAACAUGUGAUGUCAAAUUAUUUUGUUAAACUUGCUUAAUAUAGGAUUAAAUAAAAAUAGUUAUAUCAGUGUAGACCAAAUAUGACCUAUGAGCCAGGCCUGUAUAGUUUGGUUUUUAGCAAGUGUGCACUGUUAUUAGCUGACCUGGAAGUACAGUAUACUGUUGCACCGUGGCCUGUCAGUUAUGGCAGACAAACGUUACUUACAAAUUUGUUCUUCAUCUUCAUGUCCGCGUCUAAUUUACAUUUCUGGAACGCUGCGCUUUCCUCUACAUCCUGUCCCAAAUGCAGUGUAAAGAGGGUGAAAUGUAUUUGAAGUGAGAAUGAACAGCUUUUUCUACCCUUCAUACACAACCGACUCUUCCUAAAGCAGAUUUUAAUAAAAUAUUGCAAUGAAAGUAAA